AUGUCUGAUACAAGUCGCCCUGGAGGAUCCGCACUCCCCAUUCGUUUGCAAACACCUGUCGUGGACUUCAUCGACAACAGAUUGCCUCGAUACCACCCAGCCUUCGAGUACCCGGAAAGAUUUCAUGAUGGCAAUGGCAACCGGCUCGUCGCAAUCAGCUCGGGUUGGUCGUCACCCACGAGUUCCAACCAUACGGUGCCUUUCGUUCCAUCUGAUCAAGCUGCUAAAUCUAAGGAUCUGGCAUGCCCCGCGGUGCUCUCCCCGCGCCCAAGCCAACAAGCUGCUCGUCCACUGCCACCUAGCAUUGAAGAUAUGACAUUCUGGGGAUUGAUCUGGCCUAAAGCCAUGGACCGUCUUCGUGAGACUCCUGAGGCCUCCGGCCGAGAGGAUAAAGGGUUCAGUAUCCGAGAGGCGGAAAAAUGGGCAGAUGUCACAAACACUCUUGACAGAGCCCGCGACAAGUAUAAUGGUAUCAGAACAGACGACAAGUGCUAUCAUAAGGUCCUUGGGAAAAUCAAGAGAUCUAGUCGCCGGGUUGGAGAGACUGUUGCGACACCUCUUCAGCAAGUCAUCAAGGUUGUUCCAAGUCAUCCCAUUGCCACUCCCGUGUUAGGUACCCUGGAUUUAUUGCUAAAGGCGUGGAAAGAAGCCGCAAAGAUUCGGACACAACUAGAUGCAAGUUUCGACGAAGAUGCCCUAGCAUCUAAGUUUGAAGACCUUGAAGUCUGGUCCAGCCUUUUUCGAAACGAUGAAAAUAUCGCCAAGGCCUCUGCUAAUCUCGUUGUAUCUAUAUUGAAAGCGGCAGAAGGAGCAAUCGGGUUCUAUAUUAGCUGGCAAGUUUCACGACUGCGUCGAUCCAUCUUUCAAGGUGACGAGUACCUCCAUUCUUUUGUCGAGUCUCUUAAUGAAAUCCAAAAGGCAGGGGACAGGCUUCAAUCCGAGGUCGAUAAGAGCCACAAAUACCAGGAAAACACACAAACCUCAUCGAAAGCCAGACUGUUGCUUCCUUUCGAAGAAGGGUCCGAACUCUCGGUUGAAUCCAGGACACCGACACCUGAGCCAAGAGUCAUUUCUCCUCCAGAAGUUGCCGUUUCCCCCGAAGAACUUGUUCGAUCUUUAGACGGUACAAGAACGGAUGAAGAAGACAUGGCUUUUAUUCUCGACAGAGCCACUGCCUUCUCAGCUGAAGAUCGUGGCCGCGCUGAGGAGGUUGUCGAGACACGGGAAUUUCGCAAUUGGGUCACCAGUAACGAGAGGAGUAGUCUCGGAGACGGCGCUCUCUUGAUCCAUGGGGACUACGACCUUGGUGACUACCCCGAGAUUUCGCCUCUAUCAGCGCUAUGCGUCGCCUUCGUGCAAAUCCUACGAACCAGACACGAGUAUAUCGGCCUGGUGUUCUUUUGCGGACGGCACCUCGAAACGCCUCAAGAUAGUAAUCCUGGACCAACCGGUCUUAUGCGCAGCCUGAUAGCGCAGCUAGUUCGACAACACCCCGCGGUCUUUACUCAAAUGCAAGAACCACGCAUAUCGCUUGAAGACAUCCGAGAGACACAGAACAAUCUCUCCUACCUUAUCAGCCUCUUUGCUGCAAUGAUUCGUCAAAUACCAGUAUCCAACACAGUGUUCGUUCUGCUUGACGGCGUCCUUUUCAAGUCCGGCAGAAACAAGGACAAGAGACUUGAGUACGCCAUUCAGGAAGCGCAAGGCUAUCCUGUCUAUGAAAAGUAUGCCAAAUACUGGAAAGGGACCUAG